ACACAUUUCUGUAUCACAGUAUCAUCUUCUUCACAUCACUCACUCAUCAUUCUUCUUCUUCUUCUUCUUCCUCCAAAACCUUCAAUCCCAAAAAUGUCUACGCUUCUUCCACUCAGAACUCACUACGCCUUGACCUCUAAUCAACGCCACCUCUCCCUAUCUUCUACCCGUUUACAUCAUCCGCCUCGCUUCUUCAGAAUCAGCGAUUGCCCUGCCUCCAGAUUGCUUCGCCGGAAUGUUGGCCUUCUGGCUCGAGCUGAAGAUAAAGCCAGGGACUCUUCAACUUCUUCGCCGACUCAACCUCAGGAAUUCACAUCAUCUCCCGGAGCAUGUGAUCCGUUGUGUUCUGUUGAUGAAACAAGCUGGGAGGAUUUUGAAGCCAGUUACCAGCCAAAGACGGAUUUACUUAAAGCUCUUGCAAUUUUAGCAGCAGCUGGUACUGGAGCUUUGGCAAUAAAUCAUUCUUGGGUGGCUGCAAAUCAGGAUAUUGCAAUGGCAUUGUUAUUUGCGAUAGGAUAUGUUGGCAUUAUAUUUGAAGAAUCACUAGCCUUCAAUAAGAGUGGAGUAGGACUUCUGAUGGCUGUAAGCUUGUGGGUUGUACGGAGCAUUGGGGCCCCUUCAACUGAUAUAGCUCUUACAGAGCUGUCACAUGCAACUGGCGAAAUCAGUGAAAUAGUGUUCUUUCUGCUUGGUGCCAUGACAAUUGUGGAGAUUGUUGAUGCUCACCAGGGAUUUAAGCUGGUUACAGAUAACAUUACAACUCGCAAACCAAGAACUCUGCUUUGGGUGGUGGGUUUUGUGACUUUUUUCCUCAGUUCUGUCCUUGACAAUCUAACCUCUACAAUUGUAAUGGUAUCCUUGUUGAGGAAGUUGGCACCUCCAUCAGAAUACCGGAAGCUUCUUGGCGCUGUUGUGGUGAUUGCAGCAAAUGCUGGUGGAGCAUGGACUCCAAUUGGUGAUGUUACAACUACUAUGCUUUGGAUCCAUGGUCAAAUAAGUACACUGCCAACAAUGAAGGAUCUAUUUGUACCAUCAGCAAUCUCUUUAGCUGUUCCAUUGGCUCUUAUGUCCUUAGCAAGUGAAGUUAAUGGGAAGGGACAGAAUUCUGCAGAUGUUUUGGCCUCUGAGAAGAUGGCCCCUCGGGGACAGCUUGUUUUCUCUGUGGGUAUUGGAGCUCUAGUUUUUGUACCAAUAUUCAAGGCCUUAACUGGAUUGCCUCCUUAUAUUGGUAUGUUGCUUGGCCUUGGAGUACUUUGGAUCCUAACAGAUGCUAUUCACUAUGGUGAAUCUGAAAGACAGCAUUUGAAAGUGCCACAAGCUUUGUCACGCAUUGACACUCAAGGAGUUCUUUUUUUCCUUGGAAUCCUUCUCUCCGUCAGCAGCCUGGAGGCAGCAGGUAUUCUGCGAGAAUUGGCAAAUUACCUCGACACCCAUAUUGCAAACACUGAACUUAUUGCAAGUGCAAUAGGGGUUGUAUCAGCAAUUAUAGACAACGUUCCACUGGUUGCAGCCACAAUGGGGAUGUAUGACCUCUCCUCCAUUCCUAAAGAUUCUGAGUUCUGGCAACUGGUGGCAUAUUGCGCUGGUACAGGCGGAUCCAUGUUGAUUAUAGGCUCUGCUGCUGGAGUUGCAUUUAUGGGGAUGGAGAAAGUGAAUUUCUUUUGGUAUCUCAGAAAGGUGAGUGGGUUUGCUUUUGCCGGUUACGCCGCGGGUAUUGCUGCAUACCUAGCACUUCACAAUUUGAACCUCUCUCUCCCCACUACUCUAGCUGAAGUUCCUUUCCUUUCUGGUUCAUAAAAUGUGGGCUUUUCAGUUUUGCUGGUGGCAGACAGCAGACUAACCAAUUGGCUGUUUGUUGCACCAAAUUGAGCAGUGAAGGACUGAACAGGGUGCCAAUUAUAGGCAAAUUCCCACUUGAUAGAAGCAAAUUUACCAUAGUUUAGCUUACAUGUGAAGAUCAAAAGACUGGCAAGAGAUUUUUUA